CGGUUGCGGUCCCUGCGCCUGCGGCGCCUGAGUGGCAGGCGGUGGCGACUGGGAGUGGAAAGCCACCGUGUCACCCAAUUUGGAUCCUGGCUUCCCUCAAAAGACUCUUAUGGCUAAUGUUUGAUAACCUGGAGUAGCCAACUACUGUAGAUAUAUAGAUAAGACUAUUGGUUUUGACCUGAAUUUUUUUCAGUCAUAUUUAUGUAUAUGGAUUUUCCUCACCAAAGAUGAUGAGUUUAAGUAUAUCCCUGGAGCAUUUGGAUAAUACGGUAAAUGGGAUGCAGUGAUGUCGAAUCUCUGUCCACCACCAUCUCCAGCUGUUGCCAAGACAGAGAUUGCUCUAAGUGGUGAAUCACCUUUAUUAGCAGCUACUUUUGCUUACUGGGACAAUAUUCUUGGUCCUAGAGUUAGACACAUUUGGGCUCCAAAGACAGAACAGCUACUUCUCAGCGAUGGAGAAAUAACUUUUCUUGCCAACCACACCUUAAAUGGAGAAAUCCUCCGAAAUGCAGAGAGUGGGGCUAUAGAUGUGAAGUUUUUUGUCUUGUCUGAAAAAGGAGUAAUUAUUGUUUCGUUAAUCUUUGAUGGAAACUGGAAUGGAGAUAGGAGCACGUACGGUCUAUCAAUUAUACUUCCACAGACAGAACUCAGCUUCUACCUCCCACUUCACAGAGUAUGUGUUGAUAGAUUAACACACAUUAUCAGGAAAGGAAGGAUAUGGAUGCACAAGGAAAGGCAAGAAAAUGUGCAGAAGAUAGUCUUAGAAGGCACGGAAAGAAUGGAAGAUCAGGGUCAGAGUAUUAUUCCAAUGCUUACUGGUGAAGUAAUUCCUGUAAUGGAACUGCUUUCAUCUAUGAAAUCACACAGUGUUCCUGAAGAAAUAGAUAUAGCUGACACAGUUCUCAAUGAUGAUGAUAUUGGUGACAGCUGUCAUGAAGGCUUUCUUCUCAAUGCCAUCAGCUCACACUUGCAAACCUGUGGCUGUUCUGUCGUCGUAGGUAGCAGUGCAGAAAAAGUAAAUAAGAUAGUGAGAACAUUAUGCCUUUUUCUGACUCCAGCCGAGAGAAAAUGUUCCAGAUUAUGUGAAGCAGAAUCAUCAUUUAAGUACGAGUCAGGGCUCUUUGUACAAGGCCUGCUAAAGGAUUCAACUGGAAGCUUUGUGCUCCCCUUCCGGCAAGUCAUGUAUGCUCCCUAUCCCACCACGCACAUAGAUGUGGACGUCAAUACUGUCAAGCAGAUGCCACCAUGUCACGAACAUAUUUAUAAUCAGCGUAGAUACAUGAGGUCUGAGCUGACAGCGUUCUGGAGAGCCACUUCAGAAGAAGACAUGGCUCAGGAUACUAUUAUCUGUACAGACGAAAGCUUCACUCCAGAUCUGAAUAUUUUUCAAGAUGUCUUACACAGAGACACCUUAGUAAAAGCCUUCCUGGAUCAGGUUUUUCAUUUGAAACCUGGUUUGUCGCUCAGGAGUACUUUCCUUGCACAGUUUCUACUCGUCCUUCACAGAAAAGCCUUGACGCUAAUAAAAUAUAUAGAAGAUGAUACGCAGAAGGGGAAAAAGCCCUUUAAAUCUCUACGGAAUCUGAAGAUAGACCUUGAUUUAACAGCAGAGGGCGACCUUAACAUAAUAAUGGCUCUAGCUGAGAAAAUUAAACCAGGUUUACACUCGUUUAUCUUUGGAAGACCUUUCUAUACUAGUGUACAAGAACGAGAUGUUCUAAUGACUUUUUAAGUGUGUAACUUGUUAAGUAUAUUUCGUCACAAUCAUGACUGCUGCUAAAGUAGCUUGGUGGUAUGGGAAACAUCAUUCCCUUGGGUCACACCCUAGAGCCCUGCUUGGCAAUG